AUGGACUCUACCGGCCCUGAGGCUUACAUCCCGGAUGACCCCGAGGCCUGUAUUCCUGACAAAACCCAGAAGCAAGUGGCUCUUGCAUGUGAUCAUCCGACUCAGCACGUUUCGGAAUCGGAAACCCCAGACUCUCCGACAAACAAGGGUGCAAUCCUCGGAUUGAGGCCAGCGACGUUCGUUCUUAGUGUUUUGCUAGUCGUGGUUGUGGUGACAGCAGCUAUUAGCGGUAGUGUGGGUGGCACGUUAGCUGUUAAAAAAGCAAGAGAGUAUGACUUCUCUAUGAUAAGGUUGACGAUUGAUGAGACGUCUAAUAGACUAAUGAUCAACGACCAGGUCUGUCUUGUCCUCCACCACCGGAAAUUCAUCAGAAGUGCCAACACAACACAUAGAGAUACUCGACCCUCACUGUUCCAACAUAGACGGCAAAUCAGAAACGAUUAA